CCUGCGAGGCCGGACCGGGCCGGGCCAAUCCCGGGCGACCGGGCGGGCGAACGCUGGGCCCGGCCGGCCGUGCCCCUGGGGCUGGGGGUGGGGGACAAUGGCCCAGUUCCUGGUGCGUCACAGGGGAGUUCCUUAAACGGGAAGUGAGCGGAGCUACGGGGCGGGAGUGAGGUGCGGUGGUCGGCGGGGGAGUGCCCCGCAUUUUAAAAUAAUGCCCGCGGUGUCCGUGCGACCAUGCAAUGGCGAGCGCUCGUCCUCGGGCUGGUGCUCCUCCGACUCGGCCUCCAUGGAGUGCUAUGGCUGGUCUUCGGGCUGGGGCCCAGCAUGGGCUUCUACCAGCGCUUCCCUCUCAGCUUCGGCUUCCAACGCCUGAGGGGCCCCGACGAACCCGCGCCGCCCGCCGCGGGGCCCGGGGGGCCGUCGGGGCCGUCGUGGCUGCAGCCUCCGGUGCCCGGGGCGGCGGCCGGGGGUCGCCGGGCUCCGCGGCGGCCGGGGCCGGGCGUAUGCGGCCCAGCCCACUGGGGCUACGUGCUGGGCGGCCGGGGCUGCGGCCGGGACGAGUACGAGAAGCGCUACAGCAGCGCCUUCCCGCCCCAGCUGCGCGCCCAGAUGCGUGACCUGGCGCGGGGCAUGUUCGCCUUCGGCUACGACAACUACAUGGCGCACGCCUUCCCCCAGGACGAGCUCAACCCCAUCCACUGCCGCGGCCGGGGGCCGGACCGCGGGGACCCUUCAAAUUUGAACAUCAACGAUGUCCUAGGAAACUAUUCAUUGACUCUUGUUGAUGUGUUGGAUACACUUGCAAUAAUGGGAAAUUCGUCUGAGUUCCAGAAAGCAGUCAAGUUAGUGAUCAGCACAGUUUCAUUUGACAAAGAUUCUACCGUCCAAGUCUUUGAGGCCACAAUAAGAGUCCUGGGAAGCCUCCUUUCUGCCCACAGAAUAAUAACUGACUCCAAGCAGCCCUUUGGUGACAUGACAGUCAAGGAUUAUGAUAAUGAAUUAUUGCACAUGGCUCAUGACCUGGCUGUGCGACUCCUCCCCGCCUUUGAAAACACCAAGACAGGCAUCCCCUAUCCUAGGGUGAAUCUAAAGACAGGCGUCCCUCCUGACACCAAUAAUGAGACGUGCACGGCAGGCGCUGGUUCCCUUCUGGUGGAGUUUGGGAUUCUGAGCCGACUGCUGGGGGACUCCACAUUUGAGUGGGUGGCCAGACGAGCAGUGAAAGCCCUCUGGAACCUCCGGAGCAAUGACACCGGAUUAUUAGGCAAUGUUGUGAACAUUCAGACGGGCCAUUGGGUUGGAAAGCAGAGUGGCUUGGGUGCUGGCCUGGACUCCUUCUAUGAGUACCUCUUAAAAUCUUACAUUCUCUUUGGAGAAAAAGAAGACCUAGAAAUGUUUAAUGCUGCAUAUCGGAGUAUUCAGAACUACUUAAGAAGAGGUCGGGAGGCCUGUAACGAGGGAGAAGGAGACCCCCCACUCUAUGUCAAUGUGAACAUGUUCAGUGGACAGCUGAUGAACACCUGGAUUGACUCUCUGCAGGCCUUCUUCCCUGGACUGCAGGUUCUAAUAGGAGAUGUGGAAGAUGCCAUCUGCCUCCACGCUUUUUACUAUGCCAUCUGGAAACGAUAUGGGGCCCUGCCUGAGAGGUAUAACUGGCAGCUGCAGGCCCCUGAUGUGCUGUUCUACCCGCUGAGACCAGAGUUGGUGGAAUCUACAUAUCUCCUCUACCAGGCAACCAAGAAUCCCUUCUACCUCCAUGUGGGAAUGGAUAUUCUGCAGAGUCUGGAAAAGUACACAAAAGUCAAAUGUGGUUAUGCAACGCUGCAUCACGUCAUAGACAAAUCCAAAGAGGACCGGAUGGAGAGCUUCUUUCUCAGUGAGACCUGUAAAUACUUGUAUCUGCUAUUUGAUGAAGAGAAUCCAGUACACAAAUCUGGAACCAGAUACAUGUUUACAACUGAGGGACACAUUGUAUCUGUGGACAAACACCUACGGGAGUCACCCUGGAAGGAAUUCUUUUCUGAAGAAGGAGAGCCCGAUGAAGAGGGAAAAUCUGUACCCAGGCCUAAAUCUCUUGAAUUAAAAGUCAUCAACUCCAGCUCCAAUUGCAGUCGUGUUCCUGAUGAGAGGAGAUAUUCCCUGCCCUUAAAGAGCAUCUACAUGCGACAGAUUGAUCAGAUGGUUGGCUUGAUUUGAUCUCUGGUUGUUGUUCAACCAGACACCAACAACUGAACCAAACCCAGUCUGAAGUGGAAGGAAGAGGACAGAAGACUGGCUGUCCAUGAUGGUGUAGGAAUUUCUGUCCAGCUGCUCACCCACAUGCUAUUGACUCUUGCAUAUUUUAGUUUUUCUUUUUUAUUCAAUAAAAUGCCCUUAUUUUUCUUAAGGAUAUAAUCCAAAAUAAGAAGAUACACGGGAAUUGGAUUCUUAAGAAAUGCUGAUGUCAUGAAGCACAAUUGAUGGGACAUCUUGGGAUUGAUCUUCAAAGGUUAAUACUUCAGACCCCAGGUCUCCUCUCUUUGCUGGCACUUGUCAUAGCUGCAGUAUUGCUACCUCUUGGUUAGAGGACUGUGAGUGAAAUUUUUCUGAAAAAGGAUCUGAGAUUUACUUGACAUCUUUUUUUUUUUUUGCAUUUUGAAAAUGUCAUCGUUUCUCUCUUUUUUUAUUGGAUAAUUGGGCUGUCCCCCAGAUAUCCAAACACAAUUUUAGAUCACAUGAGGAAAAAAAUCCAGUUAUUCGUUUGCUUCCCAAGUGAUCUUCACAGUGUUUCAAGUUAGUUAAGAACAAUGGCCUUAUCAGAAUUCUAACAGGCAGUCUCCUACCUUAUGACAUCGUGCUAUCAAGAAGAUAACAGGUACUUCAUUUUGAUGGUAUUUUGUGUUUGUUUUGAACAUAAGCUUACCUGAGGAACUUCCGUAGUUCCACAACCAGGUGCCUUUUAGGGAGAGAAAAAUACCUACGAAUGUCUGCGCUUCUAUCUGUCUCAUAUUUACUAACCAAGGAUUCUCAAUUCUGACCAUGUUUGGGUUAGAAUUUUGUUUGUUUUUGCUUUAUAUGUCUAAUGCCAAUUAGUUAACUCAGGGAGAACAAAAUGAUUGGUGACUUUCUGGUGUCCCUCGAACAGUUUCCUAUAUAAUGCGGGCUUUAGAUUAGUGCCUUAGACUAGUUUUGGUUUGGGUCACUGGAUGUGCAAGCUGCUGCUAUGGUUUAGACAGGCUUGUUUUUGUUACCACACGGGGGGCUACACUGAAAUGGGGUGGGAUGGGGUGUUAGUGAGGAAGAUUGCUGGAAACCACUUGGCCAGUCCUUACCUUUCAACCUGAUAUUUUUAAGCAAGCACAAACAAGAAGGAGGUUGUGCUAAAACGCCUUCUUCUGUUAUUCUUUCCUGAGUCAGAACAGAAGUUUCUCUUUGAACUUAGGCUGAGUGCUCAUACAAAGCAGAGCUGGGUUUGAAAGCCCUUGUCUGGUUUCUGUGGGACAUCAGAGGUUGAAAUGCAUUCCAGUAGAAAGGGAGAGGAUAUCUGUAACCUCUAAUCCCAGUUUCUCACCUGUCACUGUUGCCACCUCAAAUGAUUUUAUUUUAUAUGCCUGAAAGCUAGAAAUAAGUGCUAAGCCAUUGCAUUUUUCAAUCGAAAGGGAGACAUUUUUAUUCCUUCUUGAAAAUUAAGUGUUUAAAUGUUAUGGGUUUUAAAGGUAGAUAAGUUAUUCAGUUCUUGGAGAUUUUUUAAAAGGGGAUUUUCAGUAAGAUAACAUGCCAUUGCUAAUUCUUAAACAUUUACUAUGCAAAUUGUCUUAAAGCAAAAAAUAUCAAAUGCUUCCACUUUACCUUUUUGUUUAUUUCAAAAGCAUUAUUCUUUUUAUCGACAGCUUUCUUGGCUACUGAAUAGAAAAUUUUCUUUGUGAAUACCAUAUAUAAUUUUAAUGUUUUCAUUGAAUUCAUUACACCAAAUUGUUCCAUUUUACACACACACACACCUGUAUCUUUUCUCCAGGAAGACUGAGGUGGGACUGCUGAUGAAACAUUUGGGAGAAUGGGGCAUGUCAGGGACAGAAGCGAGUCUUGUGUGCAUCUGUUUUCUCUUUUGAAGCUCUCCUCAUUGACCUCUUGUGCUCUCAUGGUGACAGCAUUGCCCUGUUCAUCUGGGCCCUUUACCUGCCCCUUAGAGCACGCGCUGGCAUUUCUUCCUCCCUGCCGCUAGUACGGGGAUCCGAGCCUGGCAGCACCAUCGUGCUUCAAGUGCUGCAAAUGCAGCUCAGGGGCUCCAGGCUGACAUGAAACACAUUUUGAAUUAAGGCCAAAUCAUCUUGACUUCCCGGCACAGGACUUGUAUGAAUUGGUGGGGCUGAGUGCUGCAUGACUUACCGCAUACAAAUCCUGGCUGUCGAGCUUCCAGAAUACCCGCUCUAAAGUUUGAUGCUACCUGGUCAGUAGUUUCUGUGGCUAGAUGCCAGAAUGCUGUCCAGUGCCAGUCAGAAGAAGGUCUGUGAGCCAAGUUCAAAGUUUACUUGUUUCCUUUUUGAAAAUCAGAAUGUUAAUAGCCAUGCUAUACCCUGUAGGGCUUUUGCUGUUUCUUCUAUUCUGUGUUGUAGAAUGUUGGGGAGGGCUGAGGAGGAUGUGAAAGCAGUCCGCUUGCUCAGUGAUUUGCCCCAGGAACACCCUGCUUCUCUGGAGUAGCUGUGAGCCUCACCCAUCCUGUAUUAGCGAGUGUCUAGCAUAAGCUUUGGGCAAUAUGAUGAAAAUAGUUUUGCCAAACCAUUGUAGAAAACUGCCUUAUCCUUUGGCUGGGUGGAGUGUAAUUCUUCCACUACCGAGUUCCAAACCCUUACAGGGCAGUUUUAGCGAGGAACUCCAUUCUCCUGCAAGAGUCGGUGACUCAGGAAGUGCCUGCUGGCUCUCUGGGUGUGUUGGCCUCUGAGAACCCAGCUUCCAUUUCUACUGCUUUCCCGUGGUUGGCCCCAGCUCUUCUGCCAGGAUUUGCUCUGCGCAGCAGAGGGCCCAGGUUCUGAUGAUGCACUGGGCUAUUCUUGUUCUAGAUGGAGGAGUAUGCACAGGUCACUUUGAUGGUUUUCUAUAUAGCUGAAGAAAAAUGUAUCAGGGCCCGUGUCUCUGCAGAUGAAUAUGAGAAGAGAGCGGAUCGUUUCCUGGUGUGGUAGUGCAGUUGUGCAGUCUGGACUGAGGGCCUCAGCCUGAUUUUCCCGUCGCCUCAACCAAAGAAAAACAUCUCUCGUAGCUAUUUUCUGGGCUCGGUUUACUGAAUGCUUACAAACUAACUCUUAGCUUUGGAUUUUGUAGACUUGACGUCAGACAUUCCUUCUUUAUGGAGGGCUCUGGAGGUCCUUUUCUUUUGAUUUUUUCAAAUUUUGUAAAAGGUAGGGCUGAAUGAUGGCGCUCACCACAGAGUGGCAGAGCAGGAACUUGUUCUUUCCUUUUCCCUUCCCAGACAUCCAGCUCCCACUCUGCCUCAUCCCUGCAGGGCAGGGACCUUUGCACGAGUGAAAAGGUGGGACAGGCUGGGGUGAAUGUCCCCAGGUUUUGCAGGGCUCAGGGUUAUACUUCCAUUUGAAUUUGAAUUUGGAUGUGAUUUUGGUGAAAAUGUCCAGUAUCUGUGGAACUUCUUGAAAUAUUACCCCUUAUCCUUCUUUCGGAGAGGCAGAGGAAUAAUAUUUUUUAAAGGUAUUUUGUUUUCAUUUUAAAUAGCAAAACACAAGCUGCAUUUUUAUUUAUUAUGCACAAGAAAGGUAAAUCUUUUUACAAAAACAUCUAGAGUUGGGAACGCUGGGAAAAUCUGUUGAAAUACAUAAAUGCUUCUCUUUAAUGUGCAAUAUGCUUUGCAACUAUAUAUGAUAUUUUAUGUUUCAUCUGUAAAUAAGAAAUGUAUUUAAAUUAAAGGGGAGCUUUUUGUAAAAGGACCAAAUGUUCUUUUAUAAAUGUACUAAAGAAUGUCUUGCUCUUUGAAAUUAUUAGGAUUUUUAUAAGUAAUUUUUAUUAAAAGAUUCUGUUUUUGUUUU